GCAGCUUUGACAAUUUAGAAUAAUUUAUGUUUCCGUCCUUUGAAGAAAUUCAAAAUGAAGAUUAAAAGGAAGGCCAGUACGUUCUAGACCCAAUUGUUUAAGAGUAAGAAUAAAAUCCAUUGGUUCAAAAUCCACUUAACAAUGGUAAAACUUAUCGAUAAUUGUUUGAAAUUGUGUAAAGAUUAAAUGAUAUAAAUUGGGUGGAACCAUAUUCUAAAAUUACUCCUAUAAAGUACUUUACUCCAAUAACCUUUUGGUUUAUUAUUAGUUCUCAAUACUUUUAAAAAGAUGUAGAUCCUAAAAGCAUUAAGUAAUCAAAUUAUUUUUAAUUUAUAGAAUAGAAGAAGAAUUUUAAGUUGAUUAAGAUAAAGAGUCUCGUCCUUAUACGUAUUUCGAUGAUUGGUUCAUAUUGGAAAUGAGAAACAUAGUAAUCUUUAAUCUAAGAUAGAUGGUUAAAAGAAUUAUAACCCAAAAAUGAUUUGGAAUCAUUACAAACUAAAAUAGAGGAGCAAUUACUUGAGACCCGAUAACAAUUGCGAUGUCAAAUAGAUACAAUUUAAAUUGAAAAGCCCAUUCUAGAAAUAAAAAAUUAACCUGAUUUUAUUUUGAAAGAUCUAGUUGGAUUAACUGAAAUUGAAAAUCAAUAUCUAUCACAUCUUGAAAGUCAAUAAAAGUAUAUUGAAUUUAUAUAUUAUUAGAAUAUUUGAUGAAUAAAUAAUUAAUUAAUCAAAACAAUCUAAUUUAGCUGGAACUGCUAGAAAAUUAUAAAAUCUCUAUAAUAAUUGUUAAAUUUGUAAUCAAGGUUCAAGAUCUCUAGAAUCUUUAUUAACAUGUUAAAAAUGUCAAAUAAAAGUUCAUUAAAAAUGUUAUGGUUUAGAAAAUAUUAUAAAUAAUUGGAUUUGUGAUUUAUGUUUGAAUUUUGGUAGUAAAGGAAAAUUUUUGAAAUGUCCUCUUUGUCCAAAAUUAGGAGGAGCAAUGCGUUAGACAACAUUUUCAAUGAAAGAUUCAAUAUUUGAAUAAUUAAAUCCUAAUUAUCAUAAUUAUGCAAUGAAUAAUAAAGUUGAUAGAUAAAGUAAGAAAUAUAUUAUUAAUAUAAUUUAGAACCUCCUCCUGAUGGAGAGGAAGGAUAUAAUUUUAUGAUUUUAUAGUAUUCUUUAGAUAAUAUGAUUGGAGAAUCUCCUAAAUCUGAAAAAAUAUGGGCUCAUGUUUCAUGUAUGCUUUGGUUAGAUUUUGAUUUACAAAAAAUUGAUAAAAAAAAGUUUAAUUGUUUAUGUAGUAUUUGUAAAAUGAAAAAAAAUGGAGCUUGUAUUUAUUGUGCUAAAUAAAAAUGUGGUAUUGCAUUUCAUCCUGAAUGUGCAAGAAGAUCUUAAAUAUUUAUGGAAACUGAUGAAAUAUUCUGUUUCAAACAUUAACCUUUAAAAAUAAAAAGAAUAUUUGAAGAUUAACAUAAUUUAUGGAAAGAAGAAAUCUAUUAUUUUUUCAAAUAAUAUGAAAAAUUAGAAUAAUAUUUAGCUAAUAAACCUAAAAAUAAUGAUUUGGAAUUCUAAAAAAUUUAAAUAAAAGUUUAAUAAGAAGAAAUAGAAGCUGAUAUUAAAUUAGAAAAUGAGUAAUUAUUGUUAAAAAUAACUGAAAUAAUGGAAUAAGAUGAAAAAUUCAUUAUUACAAUAAUAAAAAACUAAGUUACAGAUAUUUAAUAUCCUUAUAAAAGAUUAUCCAUUUAUGAUUUGGAAGAAAAAGAUAGAAUUUGGUAGUAAUUAGCUAAUGAGAAAUAUUCUUCAUAAUAAAUAUAUGUUCUUUAUUAAAGAGCCAUUAGAAUGAGAAAGAAGAAGAAAUUAUCAAAUACAUUAUCUCAAUUAUAAUAGAUGACAAAUGUAUAAGAAUUACCUAAUAGAAAGAGAAUUUCAAUUUAUUCAAGACCUAAGAUCUUUAAAAAACAUCAUAAAUUAUAAUAAAAGUUAAAUGGAUCAAAUAAUAUUUCACUAAAAAUUAAAAUUCCAAAAGAAGCAUUUAAUUUAUAAUAUUGUAUUUGUAAAUAAGGAAAUGACAAUUAAGAAAUGAUGUGUAUAUAUUAUUAAAUUAUAUUAGAAUGUGAAAUAUGUUCAGAAUGGUAUCAUUUAAGUUGUUUAGGAUUUAUAGGGAGUAUAGAAGAGGCAUAAAAACUAUUAUUUUAUUGUUUUAAAUGUGAAUAUAAACUUAAUAAAGAAUAAAGUAAAUAUAUUAGGAGAUAUAAUUAAUAUUUUUGUGAUUCAACUUUUAGAGAUUUGAAAUUAAAGAUUGGCAUGUCUCCACAUGAAUUAAGAGCACAUGAGAAAAAGAACUAUAAAUAGUUGUCUAAAUGA